AUGACGCAGGGUGACUCCUCCAUCUCAGAGUACUGCCAGUGCAUGAAGAAUCUCACCAACGCCCUCCGCGACAUUGGCCACCCCGUCAAGGAAUCGCAAUUGGUGCUGAAUCUCCUCCGUGGCAUCAAUCUGCGCUACUCCAACACCACCGAUGACAUCACCAACUCCACUGCCAUCUUCCCCACCUUCGCUCAAGCCUGGGACAUGCUCGCCUUGAAGGAGCUCCGGCUCGCCAACGAGGAGAAGGUCACCAACUCCACCGCACUCCUCGCGGGGACCGGCUCGACCUCUUCCUCCUACAACAGCCCAAGCGGAUGCCGCUUGACGUCCGGCUCCAUCCAGACCGGCAGCUUCCAGCUGAAGAAGACCGGCGGUGGCGGCGGCAAAAAGAAGUGGAAGGGCAAACAGGCCAACGGUAGCUUCCAGUCGCAGGCCAGUGGCCCGCCUCACCCAACCAGCCCGUGGAUCUGUUUCAGCCUAGGGACCGGUGCUUACGCCAACGCGGCCGAGCAACAGCCCGCAAGCUAG